AUGGCCUCUCGGAUUGCUAACGAUGUGACGGAAUUGAUUGGUAACACUCCAUUGGUGUAUCUAAACAACGUGACUGAAGGAUGUGUUGGUCGUGUUGCUGCUAAGCUUGAGAUGAUGGAGCCAUGCUCCAGCGUCAAAGACAGGAUUGGAUUUAGCAUGAUUAAUGAUGCAGAGAAAAAGGGUCUUAUAAAGCCAGGAGAGAGUGUGUUGAUUGAGCCAACAAGUGGAAACACCGGAGUUGGGUUAGCAUUCACGGCGGCUGCAAAAGGAUACAAGCUUAUUAUCACAAUGCCAGCUUCAAUGAGUGUAGAGAGAAGAAUCAUUCUCUUAGCUUUUGGUGUCCAGUUGAUUUUGACUGACCCUGCCAAAGGCAUGAAAGGCGCUAUCGCAAAGGCCGAAGAGAUUCUGGCGAAAACACCUAAUGGUUACAUGCUCCAACAGUUUAAUAACCCUGCCAACCCAAAGAUCCACUAUGAGACUACUGGACCUGAGAUAUGGAAAGGCACUGGUGGUAAAAUCGACGGGUUUGUCUCUGGGAUUGGUACUGGUGGUACCAUAACAGGUGCAGGGAAGUAUCUUAAGGAACAAAACCCGGACGUAAAGCUCUAUGGAGUGGAGCCAAUUGAAAGCGCUAUUCUCUCCGGUGGCAAGCCAGGCCCUCACAAAAUCCAAGGGAUAGGUGCUGGUUUUAUACCAAGUGUGUUGGAUGUUGAUCUUAUAGAUGAAGUUGUUCAAGUUUCGAGUGAUGAAUCCAUCGACACGGCAAGACUUCUUGCUCUUAAAGAAGGUCUUCUUGUGGGAAUAUCAUCUGGUGCAGCAGCAGCCGCAGCAAUCAAACUUGCCAAGAGGCCAGAAAAUGCCGGCAAGCUUUUCGUGGCGGUGUUCCCAAGUUUCGGAGAGAGGUACCUGUCGACUGUACUAUUCGACGCGACAAGGAAAGAAGCGGAAGCCAUGACCUUCGAGGCUUGA